ACAAGCUUUGUCUGGGAUCAUAAUACAAAGAAUCAAAGUAAUGUGUUGACUAUUUUCAUGUAACGGUUUUUUUAAAAUUUGAAAUUCCAAGAAUUUAUUUUUUAAAAUGGCAGUUAUUGUCAAAUGUUUAUGCCGCUAAGAAAUUUCACAAAAAUUAAUAAUUUUAACGUUUAAACAGUUUAAUUAAGUGAAUAAAUAUGUCAGACUUUUCAUCAAUUUUGCCUAAUAAUCAACAAGUUUUAGAAAGAGACGAUAAAUGGAGGAAAUUGUUUGAAAAGUACGAGAAUUGUGGUGACUGUGAGGAUGAUGGAUAUGAUGUAGUUGAUUUAAUAGCUUGUGGUGAGGUUGAAGAUGAAGAACUGGAUGAUAUAUUUGAUGUCGAAGACGAAGCCUUAGAAAGUAGCAGUGAAUCUGAUGAUUUCAAGGAAAAUAACAAUCGGGAUCUAGUUGUUUAUAACAACAAACCCAAAACUCUUCAAGAUUUAGAAAAAAUCUACGAUCCAGACUUUAUACAAGGUCUUAAAAGAGCAUUUAAUAAACGUUGUGCUGAACUGGAUGGAAUGAAUCUUCUAUUUUGGAAGCGCUCCAAAACGCAAGAAGGAUUUAAUGAGAGCAACAUAAAGACACCAAAUUUUGAAGCAUCCUCUAUGAGUUUCUUUCGUUCAUCAGAACAAGUUUGUCAAAGUGGAAAGAAGUCACAACAACUAAGUCCACAACCUUUUAAGAUGCCACAUCCAGUAAACUUCAAUCGCGACAAUCUUCAGUUUGGAAACUUUGCCCAAAAUAUGGCUUCAGCAAGCAAUUUCGAGUCAAAUCAACGAUUUCCUCUUCAAAUUAAUGAUCUUAUGAAUGGAAGUCAAAAAAUUAAUAUAAGGAUUCGUGAAAUGCAUUACGAUCUAUCUGUUGAUGGCCGAGAUAUAACAGAAUUUUUCAUUCCAAAUUGUAACAGCACAUAUCAAAAUGCUAUACCUGCUCUUGGAAAUUCAUUAAUUGACAACACAAUAUCUAAUGCUGUAAAUUUACAAAAUACAGAAAUGAAUCGACCAGCAAUUAUGUAUAAUGUUGAAAAAAUAAGAACUGAAUCUCCUAAAAAGGUCGUUGAGACACCAGAGUUGAAUUUAUCGAAUAUUGAAUCAUUGAACAGCUCAGUAAUUGAUACUUUUGAAGGUAUCAAUAUUAGUAGCUCUUCUCGUGAUGAAAAUACUUCUAAAGGUAAGAAAACGAGUAAAAGGAAUGCACGCAAAAAACGGGCGAAAAAAACAAAGCAGAAGUCGAAAGUUAAGGAUGUUAAACAUGAGAAUAACUUAAAAAGUAUAGCACCAGUUGAUUCUGUUGUGUCAAUAUCUGAGAAAUUAGAAUUAUCGUACUCGGAUGUUGUUAAGCUAUCACCAAAAAAUAAUCUGAAACAAACAAAAAGCUCUAAGCCUGUAAAUGACUCGAAAAAGCCAAUUGAUCAACAAAAGAAUAAGAAAGGAAGCCAAGAAAAGAAAACUGAAGAAAUGGCUAAAAACUAUCGUCGAAUAAUUGAUCCAGACACGUCAACGGAAGAAAUUUUUGAAAAACAGGAAGUUACAAAAACAAAAAGUCAAAAAUCCAAAUUUGUCAACGGAAUUGAAAAUUCAGCACAAACCCUAGAAAAUAAUAAAAUUAAGGACAGUAAAAGGAUGAAAGAAAAGCCUGAAAUGUCAAGCAAACCGAAAGGUUCAGAAAAACUUCCAAAAAAGGAUGAAAAGUCAAUGGAAGUGACGAAAAAUUUGAAACCAAAAAAUGAUCAAGUUGGAAAACAAACAUCCAAAGUGGAAGUAACAAAAAGUGAAGUUGUUCUCAAGACAACAAAUAAUCAAGCCAAUAAGCAGAAAAUCCAGCAAAAAUCUAAAGUGGAAGUGCCGUCAAAUGAUCAAGUUAAAGCUGAAAAGCAGAAAGUCUAUCAAAAAUCAAAACAAAGUGUUAAAGUGAAUGAAAAUAAAAAGGAACAGCCACAGCCACAGAAAUCAUCAUCAGCAACCACAAUAAUCAAGAAAAUAGAUAGCAAGACUAAGGAAUUAAGCUGUAGCAAAAAGGAAAAUGAAUCUCAGCUUCAAUAUGACAAAAAUGGAGUUCCUUUCCGAAAUAUUGGAGGGUUCAUCGUACAUUAUGAGGAAAAUGAUAGCGACAGCGAGUCAACAGAGGAUGAUACAGAAUUUUUCAGACGUAUUCAUGCGGAAAUUCGCCAGAAGAAAAGCUCAAAGCAUUGAAAUUUGUUAAAUUAAGGAGUAGUAAUGUAAAUUGAUUAAUGUUUUAUUAAAAUAAAGUUUGUUUAAAUAUUUUAAUUGACUUAAA